AAAACAAUAAAAGAGGUGCCGUUGUAUUAGUCGGGCCGGGCAGCACGUGCUGAUUUGUCGGGCGAAUUCACGUGGCCGUGUUCUUGCGCUUGGCGAAGCAAGCGUGCGCAACCAGGCAGGCCCGGACGCGGAGGAAGCUGCGCAGGAAGUGUUGAGAUACAAACUGAUCGAUUCGUUCAACCAAAUGCCUACAUCGGGUUUGUCGGUGAGCUGAGAAUUCACAAGUCAAACCUAGCCGGCGGAAGAGUGAGAGCGCAAACGGCAGCUAAAGUCCUGUGCCUGGUGGAAGAAGAAAACAAGUGAUUACACAGAGAAAAGUAUUUCCCCGCGGUGGAAAUAAGUGUCGAAAGUGUUUGUGCAGGCGGCUUGUGUUGACGGUUCGAGGCAGGUGCAGCAGAAAUCGUAGCUGCCAUUGUAAAGCAACAAGCCAACAAUCCACCAACAAAACUACACCCACAAUCAAACCUCGAAACCACGCUACGCUAUACAUCUUGCAAGGAUGAGGAAAUCUUUCACGCGCUUGCGCAGCAGGGAGGAAUUUUGCCUUUUUCCCGUCACACAUGUCGCCCGCUGGCUGGCGUACGGGUUGGCAGUGCUGCUGGUUGCCGCCGUUGCACCACUAGCAGCGCCCGUCAGUGCCGCACCGUUCGACUUUGGCAUCAGCACGAACUUCUCCUCCUCGAUGGCAGAUUUCAGCGCGCGCCAGGAUGACUUACUGCCGUUCCUUACCGCUGACCAGGACGAUCUGCUUGCCAAUCGAGUCGGCACCGUCAUUGGCGCGUUUGGCAAUACGCUCUCCCAGCUGCUGUUCGGCACGAAUGACGUCAGCACGGAUGUAACGUUCUGGUGUGCAACGACCAACCAGCCCGAGUACGUCCAGGCGUACGUGGACGAUCCGCGCAUCACGCAGAAGCUUGACCCGUCCAAACCGAUCGCCUUCCUCACGCACGGCUGGACCGACAACGUGAACCGCACCUGGGUGAAGCAAACCGUCACCGACUACGUGCGGCUGAUCGGUGGCAACAUCUGUGCGGUCGACUGGAGCCCGCUGGCGCUGGUCGAGUACAAUCUGGCCGCCCGCAACACGCCCAAGGUGGGCCGCUACCUCGGCAAGUUCGUGCAGUUUCUACUGACGAAGGGCUUCAGCAUCAACCAGGUGACGCUGGUCGGGCACAGCAUGGGCGCGCACAUCUCGGGCAUUGCCGGCGCGUACCUGGGCGGCCAGGUGCCGAGCGUGAUCGGGCUCGAUCCGGCCGGUCCGGCCUUCACCAAGCCGAUCCCGGUGUCGACCGAUCGGCGGCUCGAUCGCACGGACGGCCGGUUCGUGCAGGCGAUCCACACGGACAAGAACAUCAUCGGCACGACGAUGAACCUCGGCCACCAGGAUUACUACGCGAACAGUGGCGCCAGCCCGCAGCCGGGCUGCGAGUUCCCGCUGGUGAACAACGACACGACCAAGGCGUACCUGCAAUUUAUUUGCAGCCACUUCAAGGCGGUCGAAUACUUCCGCGCAUCGCUCGAUCGGCAGAACAUAUUCGAGGGUACGGCCUGCUCCUCCUACUACAGCUACAAGCGGAACGACUGUUCCGCCGGCACCAAAGAUGACUUCGGUCUGUUCAAUAACAAAACUGCGUCCGGUUCCUUAUUUAUUGCAAUCGACAAAACUGUCUACCCGUACGCACGGACAGUAGCUAGGAGUGCAAGAAAAUAAAGCAUCUAUUUGUUACCGAAUACA